UAUAUAUAUCAAACCCCAAUUGGGAUUUAUUGAGAAAAUUGAGAUCUAAUAAUGAGUAGUCGUAAAAAGAUGGUUGCUUUUGAUCCAUCUUCAUACGAAGAUCAUCACAUGGCUAGAAGUUAUAAGCAUCAGAUACUUUUACAAGAUUAUAUGGAUUUGCAUCAGGAAACAGAGGCUGCGAGAAAUAAUUUGACCGCCUUGAAGAAAAAGCAAUUGAUUUUAGAAGCUGAAGUUAGGUUCUUGAGGCAAAGACACAAAUUACUAUUGAAGAACAAGUCAUCAACCUCACAAGAACAAUUUUUUAUAAAACCACAACUGACCCAAUCAAGAAUAAGUACAAAAAAGAAACUUCAUUUAAAAAAGCAGUCAACUUCACAAUCCUAUGCAGAGAAGAAAAAAGCUCCUAGAAGCAUGCUUUCAGCCGACUUUGACUCGAUUCUGAAAAAACAGCAGCCUGUUCAAAGAGUUGUUGCAAACCAAAGGGUCAGGGUCAUUGGACCAAAGGCAUCCUCGUGUCAUGAUUUGAAUCAGAUAGAUGACAUUUCUGGAAGCCAAGAACUAAUGGGUCAAAACCAAAAGCCUGUAAUUGACUUGAACCAGAUAUAUAGAGAAGAUGUAAAAUCACAAUCUCGAUGCCAGCCUUUUGAUUCUUUGACAAAGGGUUUGAUCAGAAAUGGGUUCCGUGAGCACCACACAGAUGUGCAGUUUUCAGUUGGUAGGAAUCUUGGGGGUGGUUCUGUCUUAAGGUCUGGUCCGAGUGGUGGAUCUAAGAAAAGGAAGAUCUCUUGGCAAGAUCCUGUGGCUGUAAUUGUAGGAAGUUGAUAUAGAGGGCUUGCUGUCUACCAGAUAGAAAGGACUUUGAUAGUGGUUGUGGUUAAAUACAGAAUGUUUUUGUAAAUAUAGUUUUUAUGAUUUGUGAGCUAUUAAAAUGGAGAGACAAAUGAUUUUUUUUUUUUUUUGGUUGAUUUCUAUACGUUGUAGUUCAUUAUUUUGGUAGUUCAAAAUAUUUGCUGCAGGUUUAUAUGCUAUUGUUAAUUGAAACUCUAGUGAUAAAUUUUGUUGUCCUGGAUCA